UCACCCACCGGUAGCUUUCGCCGCAAUGGGCAAAUCUUCCCCUCUGAUCCACCUCCUGUCACUUCCCCGAACAUCGUCACAAUCUGCUUGCGCUAUGCGAUCCAGUAGACUGAGAACACCCACUGGGGCGUUCAGUACGGCCCGAACUUUCUGAUACUCGCUCUCGCGUCUCUCGCAAAGACUGCUAGAGGCUAGGAACUCGACGGAGGUCAGCGGAGUACCGUCGUACUCCCCUCCCACGGUUACGAGAUACUUAUUAUCGAUAACCACGACUCCAUGCGCUGCGCGAGGCUGAUUCAGACGUGGGCCCUCAUGCCAGCUCAUCGUCUUGCGGUCGUAAAUAUAAACCUCCCCUUUCUCAAGAUGACCCUCUCCCCACCCCCAUCUGCCUGCCACUACCCAGAUACCCUCGUCGAAGACGGCGGCAGCGAUAUGCUCAAGGUGCACCGGUGGGCCAUCCCUCUCACCCCACUCGUUGGUCGAAGGAUCGAACACCAUCAUCGAAGGGAUGGGGACUUCAGCGCUGAGGUUUGGCCUCACACCAUCAUCUUGCAUGCCACCAAUCACGUAGAUAAGGCCGUCAUAUGUGACCGCUGCUCCAGCCGCUCGUGUUCUAGGCAUGUUCGGUAGCUCAGAAAUGCUGUCACUCGUGAUGUUAUACAACCAAGCGCUGGCAGUGGCAUGGUCUCCCAGUUCGCCAUCAAUGCCUUCAAUACACUUGUGCAUUCCAGCCCUUCUCUCUUUCUCUCUACUGUGUUGAGUCACCUCCAACGAUGACGAAGGCGUCAUUAGCCGGCGAGGGGUAAACACUUGCCAUGACAUGGUGUCGACUCGCCGGCAGUGGAGACAGGUCAGUCCACUCGCUCGUUUCAGGAUCGAAGGCCCUGAUCUGAUCCAUGGCCCGUCCUUCACUUCCAAUGUAUCCUGACCGAUGAACACCAAGAAAUACAGUGUAGAAGGGAUCCCAUGAGCUCUCACCUCCGACAGCAUAUAUUUUGCCCUGAGCCAUCAAUGCCGCAUGAUCCCAAUGAUACGGAUACGGCAU